CUGCUAUUCUUUUAUAUAAUUAUAUAUCUGACUUAGUCAGUAGUAUACAAAUCCAUUAAUCUGAGAAAUGGUUCACCAGAUGAGUAAAUGGUUGCUGUGAUCUGAAUAAGCUGUUUCAUGGGCUGCAUAAUGCAGCACAGCACAAACAAAAAGAUAUGAUAAAUGAAUGUGGUAAUUAUCAGUAUCAUAGUGUUUUUGAUAGAACCAUUGCCAUCUGAUACCAAAACCAUUUUGUGGUGACACCACAGUACUUUUCUUCAAGAGAAAGAAAUUAAAAAGUGAUAAUAGUGCCUCAGUGUGGAUGAUACUGUACACGAUACUCAUGUUUUUAUAAGCUAAAUUUGAAAUUUUUCUAAUGCAGAGGUGUUUUUCAGUCAGUUGUUAUCAGUGUGUUUGCAGGCGUGUCUCGGGUGACAGUGAUAAGGAGCCUGUACCUCUUAGAGGGAACAACUGAUAAUCGUUGAUAUGGCACAACAAAGUCCAGCCAAAAAAUUAAGGAGUCAGGUCAAGGGUUUCCUUUGUGACGUGAGCCCCAUAAAAGACACCAGAGCACCAUAUUUUGAUGCUAUUCUUCAACACGAAGGUGAAUAUAGCAAAGUUGUGGCCUUCAGAACAGAAGAUCACAUCAACUUCCACAAUGCUGAAAUCACCCGGAGCCUAGUUACACUAGAGGAUGUCAUAUUACAGCCAUCUGUGGAGCCCAGCAGAAAAAUGGACGUGUUUUACACACACAGCUCCACAAUGUCCUGCGUUCGUGACCUAGGAAAAGCGUUUAAAAACAGCUCGUCUCCUAGACCACAAGGUGUACAACUGUCUGAACUCCUAAACUCAGAUACAAAAUCAAAGAGGGUAAACAUCAAUGCAAAGAUUAUCCAGGAGGUGCUCAAGGGAAACAGUUUUGUGUGGGAUGGACGGUAUCUUCCAAGAACUAAGUACACUGUGGCAGAUACUACAGGCUACAUUAGUCUAACAGUCUGGUGUGAGCACAACAUAACUGUUGGAGAAUGGUACAACAUCACAAAUGUCUCUGUGGGAAAGUUCAUGGGCAAAACAUCCCUUUCAACUACCAAAAACACACAGAUUGGCAACAUCCCAUCUCAAGGUACAGCGGUUGCUGUUGAAGUGCCAACAGAAACUAUGAAAUGUGACAUCAUUGGUGCAAACAUUAAGAAUAUCUUCAUUUGUCCUCGUUCACAUAAACUCAACGACGUGACAUCAUCAAGCCCCACUGUAUAUUGUUUCUCAUGCAACAUGCAUUAUAAAAGCUCUGCCAUCAUAAUGAAGAUCAGCGGUCACCUGGAACUUAAACCAGAAACGGGAAACGUUGUGGAAGCAAACAUUGAAGACGAGGUGAUCAGGUCAGUGCUCACAGUGGAGCCCGGCACAUCACGAGAGGAUGUUAUUCAGAGCUUCAUUGCUCUGCCACACAUGCAGAUUACAAUCCGCGAGAAGAUCAUUGUAAAGAUGGAAGAUGUUCCUCAGAAGGCUGAAAUCAAGUGUGAAGCUGAGCUGCCUGUUAAAGUGGAACCUGUGGCAGAAUCCUCUGACUUUUAUUCACCCCCAGACCAUGGCUUUCUCUUCAGUUCACAAGUCAGAAAAAGAAAAUCUACCAAUUGAGCCUGAUCUUAGAAGAAAUGUAAAAUUCUUGAUUUUUCCCAUUACUGUACUAUACAAUCAGCAUAAGGACAGUCUGACAAAGACUACCAGGAGUGGUCUUGUGUAGCUUAAAGUGUAAAUCAUUUAACCCUCUGGUGCUCUUCGGUUAUUCUUGACUAAAAGAUUUUAUGUUUUUUUUUUAUUUAUUUUUUUACAUUUUUUACUUCAUUGGAAUGGUACAAAACUUGGUAAAGGUUUUGGCACACACACGCAAAAAAACAAAUCAUGGACAUGAUUUGAAAACGUUAAAUGGUCCUGAAACAAAUAGUCACACUUGUGCUCCUUGUGGUCAAAAUUGACUGCAUUGGGAGACGAAUUUCAUCUAGUGAAAACUUUCGGUACAGCGGCCAAACAAAAUCUUAUUGAAAGCUCAUUUUUUGAGAUAUCAAGCUCAAAUUUGGAACACAACUUGUUUAGAUUUAUGGCUUUGAUUUUCUUGCAGAUUUAGAGUAAAACGUGUUUUUGAAAUAUUUCACAUAAAAAUUGAAAAUAGUAUUUUGUGCAUUUUUCAUAACAAUAAACGUAAAAUUCUGUAACUUUUUAAAACAUUUUUCAUUUCAGCAAUUAUUUGCCAAGUGUCAUCUUUUAAAAAAGAGACCAAAGUUAAGUCUGUGCUCUAAAGCAUUCAAUAUUCAUGACGGGUUUAAGUUGGAAAUUUCAUUUUCAGGUCUAUGCUCAAAAAGUGAAUAAAUGGAUUAUAACUGCAGCAUAAAUAUAAUUUAGUACCAUAAAAUCCCCUAAAAAUACAACAUAUUAAAUACAAAACAUUAUCGAACUAAAAUAUAGUAAAUUCAUUUCAUUGAAAUACAAAAAAAAAAAAAAAGUCAUUUUUGACCAACAUGCGAAGAGCACCAGAGGGAUAAAAUUUAAAUAUCACUUAAAACAAACGAACAAACAAACAAAAAAACUGUCAUUAAAAUGUCAACGCAAUAUAUCUCUAUCUUUCUACAUAUAAAAUAAAAAUGGAUAAGUAGGUUCUAGAUUCUAGAGUAAUAAAAUUUGGUGUAAUUUUCCUGUUUAAUGUUAACUUCAUAUUUAGUUUGUUUUAAAGAUAUGAAACCUUAGAUAAAUGUUUAUCAGAAAAAAUUAAAUAUAUGACUUCCAAAUUAUGUGUAAUUAAUGAUUACAAAAAAGUCAGCGACUGUUUGAUAUUUCUACAUGCCAUAGAAAUGGUUUUAAUGUUUAAGUAUGUAAUAGAAAUUAAUUGGUGGUGAUUGACUGUGAUGUGUUAUUCCCCUUUGCACAACCUGUAGAUUUUAUGUUACCUUUGAAUAAUUGCACUAACAAACAUGAACAAACAUUUUUUUAGCCGUUUACUCUAAAAAAAAAAAUUAUCAUUCACAUUCCAUAUUCUUCUUUUGCCACACUUACAAAAUUGGCAUUAAAAGUGGAUAUGGCUAUCAGCACACAUUUAGCGUUUAAAAAAAAAAAAAAAAAAAAAAAAAAAAAGCAUCACUUACACUGACAUUGUGAUUGUGUCAUCAUUUAUGUUUGAAAUGAAAAUAAAAUGAUUGCAUUUUA